UAGCGGAAUCCGCGCGAACUGAAUCAUGGACUACUUCCGAGAAGUUCCUUUUAAAGUCGACCAAAGCAGCGUUUUCGGUCAUUGACCCAUCUUGUCUUGGUGGAGUUUAUUGUGUAAUUUUCCUAGGACGCUCGCUAUUUAAGUGUUAAGCUACUUUAGUUUGAUAUGCAGAGCUUUUAACAAUUAUUUUUCGCAAGACUUUGCGGAUCUCGUUGCAGGUGACCAGAAGGUCCCAAAACAGUGUGAGUUUCGGAACAAACCUCGCCUGGGUGUCAACAAGAUUACUGAAAUCUGUGAUCGAACAGUUAGCUCGCUUAACCUGUUAAAUUAAAGAACCGAUUAGUAUGGCUGCAAUGGAAGAAGGAAAUGGCGAAAAUAUGUCCACCGAUAGUGGCCAACCAAUUGGCCUGCAAUAUACUAGUCAGAAAAAUUUUGAAAUUGAGAAGAAAAUCGGCAAAGGACAGUUUAGUGUGGUUUACAAGGCACGAUGUCAUUUAGACAACUCCAUAGUUGCUCUCAAGAAAAUACAGAUCUUUGAAAUGAUGGAUGCAAAAGCAAGACAAGAUUGUAUAAAGGAGAUAAAGUUACUUCAGCAACUAAACCAUCCCAAUGUUAUAAAGUAUUUGGCUUCUUUCAUAGAGAAUAAUGAGCUUGUAAUUGUAUUGGAAUUAGCAGAUGCAGGGGAUUUAUCAAGAAUGAUAAAGCAUUUCAAAAAACAGGACAGAUUGAUUCCAGAGAGGACAGUUUGGAAAUACUUUGUUCAACUGACUGCAGCUCUGGAGCACAUGCAUUCAAGACGUGUCAUGCACAGAGACAUCAAGCCUGCUAAUGUCUUCAUAACAGCAUCUGGUGUGGUAAAGCUUGGUGACCUUGGUCUUGGAAGAUAUUUUAGUUCUAAGACUACUGCUGCACAUUCUCUAGUGGGGACACCAUAUUACAUGUCACCAGAGAGGAUACAUGAAACUGGAUAUAAUUUCAAGUCUGAUAUUUGGUCUUUGGGUUGUCUCUUAUACGAGAUGGCUGCCCUCCAGUCACCUUUCUAUGGUGACAAAAUGAAUCUGUACUCCUUGUGUAAGAAGAUAGAAUCUUGUGAUUACCCCCCUUUGCCAGCAGAACAUUACUCUGAAAAGUUGCGUGAUUUAGUGAGUCGGUGUAUUAAAUCUGAUCCAGACCAGAGGCCAGGGAUCACAGAAGUUAAUGAAGUGGCACAAAUGAUGCAUGCAGGCAAUCUUCACCAGUCCCCCUCUUCACCCCAAAUGAGACAAUAAUUUUAAAAAACUUGAUGUGUGUUGUAUCAGUGACACAUUGAGUAAUUUAUUACAAAUGUUAAUGCCCUAAAAUUCCUGGUUGAUUGUACCUUGUAACAUAUCUUAAUUUUUAAAACUUGAGUGAAAAUAAAGAAAUUCUCGAAAAAUGAGAGAAACCUGCUGAUGAAUAUGAAUGGUCAAGAAAUUUAAAACUGAAAAAUUCUGAUCAUUUAACUGUAGGGUAGCAUUUCCAGAUUUUUUAAAUUGCCUGAACUUUAGAACUUUUCUCAGUGGAUACAGUGUAAUUGGGUUUACAAUGUCAAUUCACAGUGAACUGCAUGCAAAAUGGAAUUUCACAGCGUGAAAUUAAAUGUAGCAAACAUUACAUAAUUUGCACAGGUGAAUGAACAUUUAUUCAUAAUGCAGAAAUAUAAGCUGCAAAUUUACACCUCUAAAAGUUUUUUUUUUGUUUUUUUUGUCCUUCUCUCAAAAAGAACUAAGUUGCUUUAAACCCCAUCAGUGAAAAUAACAUGUUGCAACUUUUCAAAUAUUAAUUUUUACAAAUUGCUAACUGGAUUUUAACUACAGAAAGUGGUUUUUAGAGAUCUCACCUCUGAAGUCUCAAGUCUAAACAUGUUUUAUCAUCCUCUUGCCUUUCACCUUAUUUAUAAAUCCAUUUAGUGUGUAAAAUGUAUGUUACUUUAAGCAAGUUGUGCAAUAUAGUUUCAGGGUGUACCUAGAAAUAACAACUUUGGCACUUUGCAUAAGUCUGAGACCUUGUGUCUCUCAAAAUGGCAACUCUCUUCAAGAUUGCUAAUAAAUCUCAUUUUACAAAACAGGA